ACAAUCUGGUUAUGUCCUCGUGCUCCUUUUGGUUGCUGAGAAAGCUAGCUAAAUAAUUUCAUGCUGCUCUUCUUGAGCCUAUAUAGUCAUGCAGUUGAAGCAUACAUAUUAUUGGAGGGUGGAGUUGUUCAUUAUGUUCAUGCAGCAUUCAUUUCCUCAUCAACUAUACCUCGUGGAUUAGAUGAACUCUAACUAUAUGCAUGCAAGCUCUUAUCAUCUUUCUCAGUAUGUAUGCAUGAGAUUGAUAUAUAUAUAUAUAUAGUUCUAAAUAGUACAUAUCAUGGGGAAAGAAUCAGUGGCUCCUUUGUAAGCAGGUUCACAUGGGAGGGUCCUCUCCAGCACUAAUUAGCAUAUGAGAUGUUGCUUUAUGUCGAUCAAUGCUAUAUUCUGGCCACCCCAAACCCCAUUAACAGAACCAACAAAGCUCACUCUACCUAGUGCUAUAUAUUGUUCAUGCUCACUAUAAUAUGUGUGUGUGUGUGUUUAUGUUGGAUAAUAUUCAUUGUUCUUAGGACUGUGGAUCCAAUACUUGUAAAAUGAUAACAUAAUAUGUAAAAUUAUUUGAAUAAAGUUAAGUGCCCCACCUCCAUUUUAGGUGGAUAAGAGGCAUUUACUGUUGUAUAUAUAUCAAACGGAAGAAAGAAUGCUUGGGUCAACUAAAGGGACUUGAGCUGUGUUUUUAUUUUCUUCUUUUCUGGAAACCAUGCAUGUAUGAAAUUUGGUGGGGGAAGCAGAUCAGACAGGACGAUUGUUGAAGGGCCAUGAUUUAGACCAAGCGAGCUAGGUCAUAUAAUUGAUUCCUAAUUUUGUAAUGGCUAGUUCUGUGACAUCAGUUUUCAUAGUUGUACUUUACGGUAUGCGAUUCCGAAGUAAUUUUAAUCGUUGCAGUACAAAACAUGAUAGUGAUCGAUCAUAUAUUAUGUACAACUAUCACAGCAAUUGAGUUCAGUGAGAGGCUGAGUUACUUUGGAAUAGCAACCAGUUUAAUUAUUUACCUGACCAAAGUAAUUCAUGAAGACCUCAAGAGUGCAGCAAAGAGUGUCAACUAUUGGUCUGGUGUUACCACAUUGAUUCCAUUCUUUGGAGGCUUCAUAGCUGAUGCUUAUUUGGGUCGCUUCUCAACUGUUCUGGUCUCAUCCAUCAUUUACCUUCUGGGUUUGAUUCUUCUAUCCAUGUCCUGGUUUGUACCAACCCUAAAGCCUUGUGACACACAUCCAUGUCUUGAACCAAGAAAAAUCCAUGAAGUGGUGUUCUUCCUAGCCAUAUACAUGAUCUCCAUAGGAACUGGAGGCCAUAAACCCUCUUUGGAGAGCUUUGGAGCUGACCAAUUUGAUGAUGAUCACACUGAAGAAAGAAAGCAAAAGAUGUCCUACUUCAAUUGGUGGAACUUUGGGCUUUGCUGUGGUCUUUUGUUUGGGGUGACUGUGGUUGUCUAUGUACAAGACCAUGUAAGUUGGGGUGCCGCAGAUAUAGUUCUCAUGGCAGUCAUGGGUACCUCGCUGGUUAUCUUCAUUGUUGGGAGGCCGUUUUACCGCUAUCGAAGACCUACAGGGAGCCCCCUGACACCAAUGCUGCAGGUUCUUGUAGCAGCCAUUGCGAAGAGAAAGCUGCCAUAUCCUUCUGAUCCUGCUCAAUUGUAUGAAAUUUCCCAGUCGGAGAAGGUCCGUGGGAGGCUUUUGUGCCACACCAACAAGCUCAAAUUUCUUGACAAGGCAGCCAUCAUAAGCACAGAAAAUUCAGCUGAGAAGCAAAAUCCUUGGACUCUUGCAACAGUGACAAAGGUCGAGGAGAUGAAACUAGUCCUCAACAUUAUCCCCAUUUGGCUAGCCACCCUACCAUUUGGAAUGUGUGUAGCACAAGCCUCUACAUUCUUCAUCAAACAAGGUGUCUCCAUGAACCGAAGCAUCGCCAACGGUUUCGAGAUCCCCCCUGCCUCAAUCUACUCUCUCGCAGCCAUCGGAAUGAUCAUAUCCGUCACGGUCUACGAGAAAAUCCUAGUCCCCGUCAUGCGAAGAACAACUGGAAACGAGAGGGGAAUCAACAUCCUCCAGAGAAUCGGAAUUGGAAUGCUCUUCUUAAUCGGCACAAUGGUAGCAGCUGCCUUGGUGGAGAAGAAAAGACUAGGGAUUGUUGAGAAAGACCCUUUAAAGAGCUCACAUUCCAUGAGUGUGUUCUGGUUAGCACCCCAGUUUGUGAUAAUUGGAUUUGGAGAUGGGUUUACUCUUGUAGGUCUGCAGGAGUAUUUCUACGACCAAGUCCCGGACUCCAUGAGGAGCUUGGGAAUUGCGUUUUACCUUGGUGUAAUUGGAGCUGGAAAUUUUCUCAGUAGCCUCUUGAUCACGGCCAUUGAUCACAUCACAGAGAAAAGGGGGAAGAGUUGGUUUGGUAAGGAUUUGAAUAGUAGUCGUUUGGACAAGUUUUACUGGCUAUUGGCUUGUAUGGCUGCAGCAAAUUUGUGUGUUUAUGUGUUUUUGGCUCGGCGUUACUCUUACAAGAAUGUGCAGAAGGUAGCUGUGGUCGACUGCUAUGAAGGUGAACAGGAAAAGGGAGGUUCAUUGGCAUAAUUAGCUAUAAACUUAUAAUGUAGGGAUGAUAUAUGUAAUGUGUCUAAAGAAUAAUGCAACUGUUCAAUUUGAGUUAAGAAGAAUCCAAUUUCUUAAUGAAUGCAAUAUAAUGCACCUUACUGACCUAUAA